AUGAAGAUUAGUAUUAUUGACUUUCAGAGCUCUCCUUCUGCCGCUCUCAAGAUGAAGACCAUGAAGGAUUCUAAUAACAAACAAACUGUUUCGAAUAGCAAAAUUAUUACCAGAACAACUACAACUACCACUAACUUUUUCGAUCCAAAUUCUAAUUCUUCACAACACCAAUUCUGUUCCUCAUUUACUGUCAACAAACCAGUGCAGCCAACUACAACACAGAGCCAGCUCACAAAGAACAUGUCAGCAAAUGGACAACUGGCAGGUUUUAGAGGAAAGACUCCACAAAGAAAGGCUAACAGUACCUCACCAACAUUAUCUCCUCAACAACCAACAGUUUAUUCACACUACAUGCUGCCAAAUGUCAUGACAAAUCAACCUGCCAAACAAACUGUCACCUCACCACAACCAACCCGUCCAAUUUCACCUCCAACUCAACAUGAUCAACAAUUCAGAUGGACUGUUACCAGACCUAACCAAUCAACCAGUAAGAUAAUCAAAUCAAGUCACCAAUCAAGAAAGAACAAUCAAACACACAUGUAUUUAAGUCAAGUACCAACUCUGGUUCAAGAACAGCAAAAUAAUUCAUUACUAACGCAAAUGCCACAUAACAUGCAACAAAACUAUGCUUUUUUGGAAAGUCAACCUUCAAAAAUAUCAAAAAUUCCAACUUGUACAUCUCCUUCCAAAAAUGGACAAAGUUCAAUUAAGGGCUGUUUCAGUUUAGAGCAAACCCCAAUCAAUGAAAAUCAUGUAAAUGUUUCUGAGGUGAUACCUUUUUCAACACAACCACAUCUUGUUAAUGCAUACCACAGUAAUAGUGUGGGAAAUGUGAAUAGUCCACUUUCGAAUGUUGGUUGUAAACCAGCUUUUAGAACUUCGAUAUCUUUGAAAGAAAUAUUGAAUUGACAAUAAAAACAACAAAUUUUUU